UACCGGCACGUGAGGCUAGAAGCGGGUUUUGCAUUUUGCGCACCUAUUGACUUGCUCGCGUGUGCGUCGGUACGCAUUAAUAACCGCAAAUAACGGUGAACUAACAUUAUAAACAUUGUUCUUGAACCAAGUGACAACAGAGAGCGUCAAACAUGCUCAGGUUCGUCGAGGUGAUAGUGAUAGUGAUGAUGAUGGUUCUUCUUUCCGACAUUGUGACUUCUAGACAGUUUCUUCUCGACUUCUCGACUGGUGUUGAGAAUGUGAAGGUAGAAGGAAAGACCGUCACUUUAAUCUUCAACACGUCUGAACUGGCACCUGUCCGUAAAGUCACAUUACAAGCAGCCGAAAACGGGAGAAUUAUCUCUCGAAACUGUUCACUUGAGGAAAAGAUGUCGGGAUGUAAAGACGUCACGUCACCUCGAAUCAUUGCACAUAUCGGCCAUGAGAAUGUUUCUGUAGUUAUUCGUAACUUUACCGCACGUGACGCUGUUGGAUACACUUUACAAGCUGUCGGAAACGAGGUCAAGAAUAAAUCUUUCAAUUUGACUAACGAACCUCUGAAAAUGAACAGCAGCACAGAAACUCCACCUUUGACAACUGCUCCAUACUCCAGAAACAUUGUCAACAUAGUGCUAUCUGUAGUAGGUGGUGUUGUUGUUGUUGUUGUUGUUGUUGUUCUGCUGGCUGUCAUUUGCAUCAAAUUUAAAAAGGAGCUGUGGCAGAUUAUCAGAAGCUGCUUCCGAUUCUUCCAGUCUAAACUCCACCGUCAUACUGCUGUCCCGUCUACAGACUGAAGAAGAAGCAGCAUCUGGUGAUUCCAUUACAACAAAGCGCAAUGAUAUCCUCUAGAAACAAAAAAAGUACAGGGGACAGAAUAAUUAUCUGUAUAUAAUGCUGCCAUGCUACCAGGAAUUAUUAUUUAUAAUUAUUUAUAAUAUUUAUAAAUAAUAGUUAUUUAUAUUAUUUUCUUAAAGUUUUUUUACAACAUGUUAUUAAGCCGUUGGGAGGAAAUGUUACAGGCGAUCAGGGACUAUUUUUCCAGGGAAAGGAAGGCUUUAACCCCGAUAUGGUCCUCGUUUCCUGUUUACACUACUGGUAUUUGGGGUCAAUAUGACCCCAACAAUUGAUGACGUAAUUGAAAAAAAUAUAUACAUUUUAAUAAUACAAAUAGUAUAUCAUUUUUUUGUUUACUUCUCAUCUAUACAUUAAUAGUGUGUUUUUAGAGAUAUUAAGUACUUUUGUAGCUAUUUACCACAAAAUUCCUCAACUAUACCAGUAGCUUGAAUGUGAAAUAAUACAUUUUUAUGAAAAAAAUCACUUAAAUGAUUAUCCAAAUUUAAUUGAAGUUGUUUCUUGAUAUGAUCUAGG